UUUGAACAUUUUCCAUUAUAUCUACAUAUUUUAAUUUUGUGGCAAUCGUCGUGCAAUGGCCACUGAUAGUGAAACUUCACUACGCGCCUCGCGAGGCUAUGUUAAAGGGGCGAUUACUCGUCUUCACAGUUUUGUUAGCAACGAGUCUGAAUUAGAAGAAAGUACCUUACAGGCCCUUACAACGCGUAAAGAAAGACUGCUCACAGCCUUCCGUGAAUAUGAAGGAUUUAAUAUGCGGAUUCUUUCAAUGCGACCAGAUGAUGACGAGGACGUAGCAGCUGUUGAAGAUAAAUAUCUAUAUACUCUUACCGUUCUUAAUGAAGUGAUUAGCCGUAAGACUUAUAGUGUAGAGGACUCUAAAGGUCAUGUUAGUACUAUUGCACGAUCAAAAACUAAGUUGCCCGCGAUUCAAAUGUCCAUAUUUUCUGGUAAUUAUGUUGAAUAUGUAGCGUUUCAAUCAUUGUUUACUUCAUUGAUUCAUAAUGACUUAACAUUAGAUAAUGUUCAGAAGUUAUAUUAUCUUAGGUCUUAUUUAAAAAACGAACCGUAUGAUCUUAUUAAGAACUUACCAUUAACAGCCAGUAGCUAUGAUCAAGCUAGACAAUUAUUAGACGAAAGAUAUAACAAUAGGUAUCGUAUUGUAAAUGAACAUAUUGGUCAAUUACUAGACUUACCUGCGCUUGUCAAAUCAACCCCUGAAAACAUUCGAGAUUUUGUAGCGAGUCUUAAGCAGACUUUGGCUGCUCUGCAAAACUUAGAUGUGAAGGUUGAAACUUGGGAUCCAAUAAUUGUUUGUAUUCUUAAUCGUAAGUUAGAUACAUACACGGCUCGGUCGUAUCAAAUGGAAAAAGAUACUGCCGAGGAACACAGCGUCAAGCACUUCAUCGAGUAUCUUGAGAAGAGGGCACUUGCAUUGGAGAACGCUGCGCCGUCAACUGCGAUGCCAUCUACAAAAGCCAAGGGUUUAUUAAUCAACUUAGCGGCUGCUGGUGAGAAGGCGGUGACGUGUCAUUACUGUAAGUCUAACAAUCAUAAAUUAUUUUCCUGUAAUACAUUCAAAUUUAUAACUUCUGUGGAACGCUAUAAAUUCUGUAAAGACAAUAAGUUAUGUUUGAUUUGUUUGAAUAAGCACAAUGGAAAAUGCAAAUUUCAUUUCAAAUGCGAUCAGUGCAAAAAGGCACACAACUCACUAGUUCAUCAUGACGAAUGUGACGAAGGUCCUGUUUCCUUAUUAUCCAAGGGCCACGAUUCUAAUGUUUUGCUUCCCACAGUAAAAGUGAAAUUAUUCACAAAGGAUAAAAAGACGAUAAUAGUGAAGGCGAUUUUAGAUACAGGUUCACAAGCCUCCCUCGCUACGAGCAAGUUAAUCCAGCAAUUGGGUUUAACUCCAACACCCAACAAUACAAAUAUAAUAGGUGUAGGCAAUGCUCAGAAUAAUAUAAGAUAUUGUAUUCCAUUAAACAUACACUCUGUGAAUUCUUCUUUUAAUAUGACUGCCAAUUUUUAUGUAGUCGAAAAAAUUACCUGCAAGCAUCCACAAACAAAACUUGAUAUUCGGCAAUUGAAGUUACCUCCCAAUAUAGUGUUGGCAGACGAUCAAUUUAAUGUUCCAUCUGAAAUAAAUCUCUUAAUGGGUGCUGACAUAUUUUUCCAUGUGAUAAUGCCCAAUGAGCCUGAGCGACCGUGGUCUCGAAAUCUGCACCGGCCGCUACCUAGUCAAGAUGACAUUACGCCCUGCAUUAUCAAUACACGUUUUGGAUAUAUUAUUGGUGGUUCAAUGCUUGAAUAUCAGCAAGCUUCAAAACAGGUAACAUCACUAUUAUGUAUUAAAUGCGAUCCUGAAAUCAAUGAUAAUAUCAAAUCAUUUUGGGAAGCUGAGAGUGUACCACAAACCUUUUCUGAGGAUCAAAGUGAACAAGAGUUAGCUGAAACUAUCUUUCAGAAUUCUGUAGAAUUGAUUGACGAUAGAUUCCAGGUGAAUUUACCUCUUAAAGUUGAGGAUAAUGAAAUUCAUAAUUACUUGGGUAAUUCUUUUGUAUUAGCUUGGCAUCGAUUUUUAAGAUUGGAAAGGCGCUUACAAAAGAAUAUCAAUCUAUUGUCAGAAUAUAAUAAAUUUAUUCAUGAAUAUGUAGAGCUAGGUCAUGGCGAUUUUAUUAACUUUGAUUUCUAUGAUUUUGACAAAGAUGCUGUAUAUUUUUUACCGCAUCAUGCGGUCAUUAAUGAAUCGAGUAAAACUACUCGCACAAGAGUCGUUUUUGAUGCCUCAAUGAAGACGGAUAAAAAGGUUUCAUUAAACGAUUUAUUACUGAAUGGGCCUUCAGUCCAGAAAGAGCUUUUUGAUGUAAUUUUAUUGUUCCGAAUUGGUAAAUAUACGUUUUCUACUGAUAUAAGGCGUAUGUUUAGGAAUAUUCUGGUGAAUCCCAAACACAGGGCUCUUCAAAAUAUUCUUUGGCGAAAUAAUCCUGAUGAGGCAAUAAAAUGUAUACGUUUAAAUACUGUUACGUACGGUAUGAAAAGUUCAAGUUAUUUAUCAACUCGUUGUUUACUCGAACUUACUAAACUAUUUAGUCAAGAAUUUCCUAUAGCUUCAUUUAUAUUGCGAAACUGUACUUAUGUCGAUGAUAUCCUCUAUUCGUCAUCAGAUCUUAGUGAAAUAAAAGAAGCUAAGCAACAAUUACAGUCUUUGCUACAAAAAGGAAGUUUUGAAACACAUAAAUGGUCAGCUAAUGAUCCAGAAAUUUUGUCUGAUGUUCCAAUUAGUAAACAACAUUUUGACGAGCUAGAGUUGCAAAAGGAUAAUUAUAGCAUGAAAGUAUUAGGUUUAAAUCUAGAUGUAAAGAAUGAUUGGUUUAAUAUCACAUGCCCAGAAACUAUUGAUAUAAAAUCGGUAACAAAAAAGUCAAUUUUAAGCUGUAUUGCUAAGUUUUAUGAUCCACUUGGCUUUGUGUGUCCAAUUAUAGUAAAGGCUAAGAUUAUUAUGCAGAAACUGUGGGCUGAAGGUAUUAGUUGGGAUGCUUCUCCCUCCGAUCAUGUUAAAGAAGAAUGGUUGUUUUUUAUUGACGGUCUCAAGGCAAUGGAACCGAUUCAUAUUAAUAGAAAUAUACCAAUUCCAUUAGGUUCUAAGGCUGUUCAAUUGAUCGGUUUUGCCGAUGCCUCAAGUAAAAUAGGCUACGGAUGCUGUGUAUAUCUUAGAACGGUAGACUCUGAUUGUAAUGUGCGCAUGUUUCUUUUAUGUGCGAAGUCCAGAAUUAAUUCGUUUUCGAAACCAAUAACGAUACCACGGUUAGAGUUGAAUGCGGCCUUAUUGCUAUCAAGUCUAGUACGGAGGACAUAUGAAACGUUACAGCUCAAACUUUCAAUUGAUAGUGUUUAUCUCUUUACCGAUUCUAAGAUUGUUUUAGCUUGGUUGAAUACUGAUAUUUUUAAUUUACAUGCAUAUGUGGCUAACCGAGUAAAAGUGAUUACAGAAAAGACUGUACAAUUUCAAUGGAAUUAUGUUAACACAAAGGAAAAUCCAGCCGAUUUAAUAAGUAGAGGUAUAGAUCCAAAAGAAUUACCAUCCUGCUCUCUAUGGUGGGACGGACCAGAGUUUAUAAAAGACAAUAGGUACAAUUUUACAAACAAGGCUUCCUUACCUAUUGACUUACCUGAAUUGAAGAAUUCUGGUGCGGCUGUAGAUUCCUCUAAGGUAGUAUCCGUCUCAACACAAAUAAAGAGUGAUAUCUAUCAGCUUAUAGAUAAGUACUCGGAUAUAAAUAAAAUGAUCAAAUGUAAUUAUUUAACUACAAAGGAAUUGCAACAGUCAUUGCAAAACAUUAUUAAACAAGAACAAAGUAUCCAUUUUAGCAAGGAAAUAAAAUCGUUGACUGAAAGCAAAGAUGUAGAGGGUGUUACAACUUCGAAAGCUCUAAUCUUCCCAUCUCUACCUGGAAAAAUCUUACUUAUUCUAGCCAUAGGCCAGUGCAAAGGAGGAUUGUUUGGGUCCUUGAGUAUCACCAACAUUCCUACUGUUACAUUAGGAUAA